AGGAAGUACAGGUACUGUAGUACCUAGCUAAGGCCUAAUAUCCUGUUUUCUCUACGAACUACAGUAUAAAUAAUUAUUUCUCUGAUAUGGCUGACGAAAUAUUAAACCUGAAUGUCGGGGGAUGCAUCUAUACAACAAGUCGCUCAACGUUAACGCGUUAUCCGGAUUCAAUGCUAGGGUCAAUGUUCAGCGGCCGUUUGCAAUGGCCUGCCGUUGAUGAUUGCCACCGCUACAUCAUUGACGGAGACGGUCCAACAUUCCGACACAUUCUGAAUUUCCUCCGUCGAUCAAAGCUUAUUCUUCCUGAUGGUUUUCAAGAGUGGGAUAUUCUAUCGGCUGAGGCAGACUACUACCAAAUACAAGAACUCAUUCAACUUAUCGACGUAAAACGUAUUCGACGGCCUGGUGGGCCUACCUACGAAUUUGUGGAGGUAGAAUUUCAAAGAGGAAGUGGUAAAUACCAAUGGCGGAUUUUUGGCAAACCAAACAUAAUCCAUCAAAUCUUAACUGAUAAUGAUUAUUUUAUAUGUGUAGCCACACUUGAAGAAUAUACAACUCAGUCGCCGUCUCAGGAUGUGAUUGGCAGGGCAGAAUGCACUGGAUAUACAUUAAUACCAUGUGAUACACCUCGAAAUAAUACUCCUAUGCCUCAGCAUUCAGACCCACAUCUAAGUCGAGUGAGGUUGUUUCGAGGCAUAACCAAGUUUGGCUUUACGUUAAUAUCUACGUCCUCACUCGCACAUACACACAAGUGGACAUUUUCACGAAAAGAGGUUGCCGACGACUGAAUAUUUAAUAUUCUGUUUUUAAGUGAUAUUUUUGCUGGCUAUAGUUUUUCUAUCCUUAUUAAAUGUUAAGUAUGGUGUGCGCCCAUAUUGAUCAUUGCGAAAAUGCAGUGUCAAAUAAGAAUGUAGGCCUAUUACCGGCUAAGUAGUGCAUUUAAUAAACAAUUAAUUGAUUGGUUGGAUUAUGAUUAUGACAAAGAUUUUGGUACAAUAUUAUUUUAGUUUAGUUUAGUAUGUUGAUGUUGUUAAAACAUAUAUAUUUAAUCAAACUUAUUGAGUGUAAUCGAAUUGACAGUAAAAGGCAAAAAUAGCUUUUCUCUAGAAAAUAUUUUAGAAUUGGGAUUUUCUUAAGGAUCUGUGGACAGACCAGAAAAUUGAAAAUCAUAUUUGUCACGUUAUAUUUUGUAGCAGUACACCACUAAUUGAAACCUCGGUGAUUUGUGAGUGAUCCUUCUCGUAUCAGAUCAGCUUGGAAAACCUUCAUUUUUGGUUUUUCGUUCGUAUACUGGAGCGUGAAUUUCACAGGUGGAGUAGCAAAACCAGGGGACAACGAUUUGUCGGUGGGUUCUGCAAUAGGUGUAAUAUAUUCAAUGCAAGAAAUAAAUAUUCGAAAUUAUUUUGUGUGUUCCAUUUAUUUUUUACUUAAAUUAACAACAAACCAGAGUAUUUCUCUUAAAAUCAGUGGCGGCGCUAGUGGGGUUGGGGGGAGAGGGGAAUUUCCCCGCAGAUCAUUUUCUUGCUGCCCUCCCCCAGUCCCACAAAAAAGAAGAAAAACACAAUUCAUCGGGGAGGAAAAAAUGAUAGGCCUAUGUAUUUUCUACAUAUUAGUAGACUAUCUAUCUAUAAAAUCGAUUAAAUAAGCUGAAACCCCUAAAUUGUCAUAUUGUUCAAGGGCUUCGCCCUCUGGACCACUUUUCAAGACAUUUUCAUCGACGCCCGACCACACCCACUUUGGGCCACCCAGAAUAUUGCGCCCCUCCCCCUAAAAUUUUACCUAACCCCUUACUUGCCGCCCCAACCCAAAUUUCAGACGCUGGCACCGCUGCUGCUUAAAAAAUUAUAUAU